CCGGGAUUGGGCAGCAAGCCGGAACUUCUGGUGUUCCUUACUUCCGUUUCCUGUUCCUGGCUGGCGCCUGAUCGGGCGUGUGCUGGUGAGCAGGGGCGGAGGAAAGUGACUUUUGGCUCCGGCCCCGCAGUUGCUGCUGCUUCCUGUGCCCGGUACAAUGUUUCUGCCUCCUUUGCUGCUGCUACUAAGCACUGCCACAGCUGCUGUUGAAGUCAAAAGGCCUCGGGGUGUCUCCCUUACUAAUCAUCAUUUCUAUGACAAAACUAAGCCUUUCACUUGCCUGGAUGGGUCCUCCACUAUCCCUUUUGAUCAAGUAAAUGAUGACUACUGUGAUUGUCAAGAUGGCUCAGAUGAACCAGGGACUGCUGCCUGCCCAGAAGGACGCUUCCACUGUACCAAUGCUGGCUAUAAGCCCCAUUAUAUUCCCUCCAGUCGUGUCAAUGAUGGCAUCUGUGAUUGCUGCGAUGCCACAGAUGAGUAUAACAGCGGCAUCGUCUGUGAGAACACAUGCAGGGAAAUGGGCCGGAAGGAGAAGGAGACUCUGGAACAGAUGGCAGAAGUUGCCCGUGAAGGCUUCCGGCUCAAGAAGAUCUUGAUUGAAGAAGGGAAGAGGGGCCAGGAGGAGAAGCGGAGCAAGCUUCUUGGUUUACAAGAGUCGAAGAAGGCCCUUGAGGAGCAAGUAGCAAUGCUGAGAGCAGUGAAGGAGGAGGCUGAGAAGCCUGAGAAGGAAUUCAAGGAACGGCACCAGAAGCUGUGGGAAGAGCAGCAGGCAGCAGCCAGGGCUGCCCGGGACCAGGAACAGGCUGCCAGUGCUUUCCAGGAGCUGGAUGACAACACCGAUGGAGUGAUUUCAGUGGCUGAACUCCAGACUCAUCCCGAACUGGACCCAGAUGGUGACGGGGCUUUGUCAGAGGCCGAAGCCCAGGCUCUGCUGGGAGAGGCCUUGCAGGUGGAUGCCAUCAGCUUUCAAGAAGGCCUGUGGGCGGCCAUCAAGGAUAAGUACAGGCAGGAGUCCCUGCCCACUGUGCCACCUCUGGCUGAGGCCCCGGCAGAGGAGAUACUAGAGGUCCCAGAAGAGCCUUCCCCAGUAGAGGAUGAAGAUGAAAGUCCUGGAUUGGAUGAAGAAACAGAGGAGGAUGAAGAGGAUGAAGAAGAGGAGAGCCCUGAAGAGGAUAAGGAGCCCUUGCCCCCACAGUCAGUCAAGGUGGAUGAGGAGGUGAAGGACAAGAUGCCCCCGUAUGAUGAGAGAACCCAGGCCUACAUUGACGCGGCCCAGGAAGCUCGGGACCAUUUUGAAGAAGCAGAAAAGUCAUUGACAGAGAUGGAAGAGUCCAUCAGGAACCUAGAACAAGAGAUGGCAUUGGACUUGGGUCCCAGCGGGGAGUUUUCUUACCUGUUUGGACAGUGCUAUGAGCUGUCCACCAAUGAGUAUAUUUAUAGACUGUGUCCCUUCAACCGAGUCACCCAGAAACCUAACCAUGGUGGUUCUGAGACCAACUUGGGCACAUGGGGGUCCUGGGAUGCAUCAGAGGAGGAGAAAUUCCGAAUCAUGCAUUAUGAGCAUGGGACAGGUUGCUGGCAAGGCCCCAACCGCUCUACCAAGGUGAAGCUGGUAUGUGGGAAGGAAACUGUAAUCACAAGUGCCACAGAGCCAAGCCGAUGCGAAUAUCUGAUGGAGCUGGUGACCCCAGCGGCCUGCCAGGAGCCGCCUCCAGAGACUCCUGGGGAUCCUGACCAUGAUGAGCUCUAAGCCUCCUAGAAUCUCAGGGGAAAAGUGGAUACCUCCAGCACUUGCACACACAUUUCCCUCCUAAUGUGCCCCAGGCUAUGUGCUCUUGUCCACCAUGGCUCCUUGGGGUCCAGUGCAAAGGGCUCUGGCCCUGAAUCUCCCUCCUUAGAAGGUUCAUUGUCUUGAUGAAGAGAGUCUCUGUGUGUGCAUCCCCUUAAAGGCCACGAGGCUGCUUUGGAUCAGAGAGUCCUGCCCCAUUCCCUCUGGUCCAGCUGCUUAAGUGACUGGGACACUUCGCCUACCAGAUCCCCCUUCCAGAUCGGCAGCUCCACCCAUUGAUGGGUGACUUGAUACCCUCUCACCCUGGCCUUGCUCCCGGCCUAGGCGGUACUGCUGGCCAUGUAGCCAAAUGAGCAAGACCUGUGUGGGUGGGAGAGUCUAACCUUACUGUGACCUUGACACAAUAAACUCAGAUCCUUCCCCACAGCUGGAAGUUGACUCCUUAUUCUCACUGCUGGAGAACGAGGGGCUGGGGCAGAGAGGGGAGAGGGGUCCUGGGCCCCCCCAUUGCAGACAGAAGUUGCCCUGCUAGGCAGCAGUGAAUUGUGGCCUAAAUUCAGAUCCUGCCUUAGACUUGGCAAAUCACUUUUAGGCUUUCUUAGUCCUGAUUUCCUCCUCUGUAAAAUGGGGAUAGUAGUAACAGGACCUUUAUAAUAUGCUUUGUUGCAACCUUGCUAUAGAAAUGCUGGCUGUUAUUUCAAUCCCCUCAACCGUCUUCCCCCAGAGUCUCACUGCCAUCCGCCCACCACUGAGAAUGGCGUCCCCUCACACCCCGGGCAGGAGAGAGUGCAAAUAUUCUAUCCCCCAUUCCAGGUUUGAAGAAAUGCAGUGUGUCUUGUUCACAAACAGCCUGAGUGUCUGAGGUGGGAUUGGGACUUUGAUCCCCUUCUAAUGAAGCGCAUUAACCUCAAAAUGUAGAAAAAGGCAAGUUCUUAAAUGUGCGCACGCACACACACACACACAACAUAUAUGCUCAAUCUCAUGCAUACAAAUGGAAGCAGACUGAUAGCUUGCUCUCACGUAGAUUCAAGUACUAAUACUGCCAUGUUCAAUCUUUUCACAUGCGUGCAUUUACACACAGACACACACACAAAUACCCCAAACCCAUAAGAUUCUGAACUUUUAUUUUCUGGCAUGAAAAGUACAAAUAAUCCAACGAUUCCAUGUAAAAGUCUGUUACAGCGUCAGGCCUGUAAUCCCAUAAUAAAUAGUCUAAACUCAA